AUGCCUGCCCCAACUGCUCUUCGCCAGCCAGUGGAGGACUCUGUUCCUCAACAGAUCGACACUCCCAUGGAUCAGGAUGAUGAGAUCUUGAUCGAUGCCCACGGAACUACGCAGCCAGAUGUCGCCAACCCUGUCACAGAAGCCGCGGAGGAUGCUGAGAUGCGCGUGGACGAGGAAGGUCGACCAGUCUUCACGCCAGCAAAGGUGACAAGCAACGCUCUGCGCAUUGAAAGCCGCAAGGUGCCUGUUCCUCCGCAUCGCAUGACACCUCUCAAGGCGAACUGGGCCAAGAUCUGCCCGCCGAUCGUCGAACAUCUUAAGCUCCAAGUGCGCAUGAACAUCAAGAGCCGUGCAGUCGAGCUGCGGACGUCGAAAUUCACCACCGAUACUGGCGCUCUCCAGAAGGGUGCUGAUUUCGUCAAAGCUUUCACUCUCGGCUUCGACAUUGACGAUGCUAUUGCUCUGCUUCGAUUGGAUGAUCUGUAUAUCGAGACUUUCGAGAUCAAGGAUGUGAAGACGCUGAACGGAGAGCAUCUCGGACGUGCUAUCGGCCGUAUUGCUGGCAAGGACGGCAAGACCAAAUUCGCCAUUGAAAAUGCUAGCCGCACUCGUGUUGUGUUGGCUGACCAGAAAAUCCACAUUCUGGGUGGAUUCAAGAACAUCCACAUCGCCCGUGAGGCCAUUGUCAGCCUCAUUCUUGGCAGCCCUCCUGGCAAGGUCUAUGGCAACCUUCGAACAGUUGCCUCUCGGAUGAAAGAACGAUUCUGA